UUUCCCACAGUGCACUGCGAAGGAGCAUGGCUGACUUGUCUAGGAGUGUCACCCAAACGCGAAUGAAUGUGCUGUUUCGGUGUCACAACAGCUGACCUUUUUAAUUCAAGACAGUCUCAUAUUCAAGUCUGUAAAGUUUCUGUUGCAGGUUAUGUUUUUAUAAUCACGCUGUGAGGAGCCGACGAGUCCCUGCGUUUAUAUUUCCGCACCCAUCUGUGAUAGCUGACCAGAGCCGAGAUGGCAAGCGUUGUAGCCAAGCGUGAGGGACCACAAUUCAUCAGUGAAGUAGCUGUGAGGGGCAACGCUGCCGUGCUGGACUACUGCCGCACCUCUGUAUCCGCUCUGUCCGGAGCUACAGCUGGCAUCCUCGGGCUGACUGGACUGUAUGGCUUUGUUUUUUAUUUCCUGUCUGCGUUUCUCCUGUCCCUGCUGCUCAUUCUCAAGGCCGGACGGAGGUGGAACAAAUGCUUUAAAUCGCGGCGGCUGCUCUUCACUGGGGGCCUUGUCGGAGGUCUCUUCACUUACGUCCUGUUCUGGACUUUCCUCUACGGAAUGGUGCAUGUGUAUUAAAUUGAACUAUCACAAAUA